AUGGCCGUGGUUGGGGAAAACCACCCGACGCCGAUUACCCUUGAUUUGAAGAGUCCUCCGGUCGAUGUGAACGCUCCACUGGAUGCAAGGGACAUCGACUUGGUCCAGCAGACGUUUGCUCGGGUUGCGAUGCUUGGUUCGAACACCAUUGGACGGAUCUUAUUCAUGAACAUUUUCAAGAUUGCUCCGGGUGCCGUGGAGUUGUUUCCCUUCGCCAAAGGCGACGCUCACAUGUGGAGACCUGGGAGUCCACUGGAAGUGCAUGCGCUGAAGGUGGUUGAGACAGUGGCCACAGCAGUAUCACUUCUCAAGGACCUCGAUACCUUAGUGCCGAUUUUGCAAAGCCUGGGCCUGAAACACGUGGGCUACGGAGUGGAGAAGGCGCACUAUGAUGUGGUCGGCCAAGCACUUAUUGCCACAUUGGAGGUGGCACUUACGCGCCAUUUCACUGAGCCGGUGAAGAAUGCUUAUUUGAAGGUUUGGACCAUUGUCAAGAACACCAUGAUCACUGACAAUUAUGGCGAAUGA